AUGGACAAUGGCACCAACUGUGGUCAAGCCCAAGGCGAUUCCAACACUGUCGCUCGUUCACACACCCCGCUUGGUAGAGAAAAGCUCCAUGUGAUCGAUUCGGUUGAUUCGAAUGGAGAUUUAGAAUCGAAACCGUACGGGCCACUGACACAAGAAGAAGCAGAAGAACUUCAGCGGGAGGCCAAUGAGGACACAACGCGAAGUGAAGAUUUGCGGCAGUUCCUUAAGGAAAUGCACGAAAAGCUGAUGGAAGAGCAGAAGCAACACCAGCAGCAACAACAACUGCAGAAUGCACCUGGUUUUCCUCCGAUGCAGCCUGUUCCAAAUCUGACGGGAAAUGUUUAUAACGCAAUCGCCCCAUCUGGUUCACAGUACUCCCUGAUCGGUCAACCGGGACCGGAUCCGGAAGUCGAUUUGCAUACCAGACGUCAGUCACAAAUUGGCCAACCGUCACAAGGACUAGCCCGUUUGAUUAGUCAAACCACGCGUCCCUCAAUGACUGAUCUCAAUAUCCCAGACAAUCCACCCGAUGGGGGCUGGGGUUGGAUUGUUGUCCUGGGAUCAUUCUGUUGCAUGAUCCUGGUCGAUGGUAUUUGCCUCUCCUACGGUUUAUUGCUCACUCCGCAAUGUGGUUACUCCGGGGUACGACCGCUCAACAUUAUUCGUCCGACUAAUCGAACUGUCGCUAUGUCCUCCCAAUCCAGUUUUGUCAUGCGUGCGGACCGGUCACUAAAACCGGUAGUCGGCAGUUGUAUCCCGGUGUCUGAGAUGGGAGAAGCUUUAGGAACACAGGAUCGAGCACUGCUGCUCACACCCGGUGCUUUACUGAUUGGACUUUAUCUACUCUUAGGUUCGCCUGUGGUACGUAUCUUCAUGGCUGAGGAGCUCUAG